CCAACUUUCGCUCUUCUCACUUAGCCGUUAUCAUUCUGUUUCUGUUUCGUCUGAAAAAAAAAAAAAAGGAAAAUGGCUCAGUCGUCGUCGGCUUUUCUUUUUUUCGCCGUUUGGGCACUGCUAAUGUCACCGGCGGUUUCCCUAACCUGCUCCUCUCAGAAGUUCACCAACAACCAAGUUUACUUCGACUGUCUCGACCUCCCUUCUCUUUCCUCCUACCUUCACUUCUCUUAUGAUUCUUCAAACACCACUCUCUCCAUCGCCUUUAUCGCUACUCCGUACAAAUUCGGCGGCUGGAUCGCCUGGGCCAUAAACCCAAAGGCCACCGGCAUGGCAGGAUCUCAAGCCCUCGUCGCCUACAAAAACUCCACCACUGGCGUCGCUGUCGUGCAUACCUACGACGUCAUCUCUUACGGUUCAAUUGUGCCGAAAGAUUUGUCAUUCAAGGUUUGGGAUAAAACGGCGGAGAGUAGAACCGACGGAAGUUUGGCAAUUUAUGCUAAAAUCAAGGUUCCAGUGGAUUUAGCGUCGAAAGGGACGAUUAAUCAAGUUUGGCAAAAGGGUCCCGGCGUCAGGGAAGAUGGCAGCUUGGUAAAACAUGACUUUGCUGCUGCUAAUUUGCAGUCUAAAGGAACCCUAAAUUUGAACAGUGGACAUAGUAGUAGUUCUGGAGGAGACAUCACGGCUAAGAAGAAAAAUAUUCAUGGAAUACUAAAUGCUGUGAGUUGGGGAAUUUUGUUUCCGCUUGGAGCAAUGAUUGCCCGGUACCUAAGAACUUUUGAGUCUGCAGAUCCAGCUUGGUUUUAUCUUCAUAUGUUCUGUCAAAUAUCAGCUUAUGCUAUAGGAGUUGCUGGCUGGGGAACUGGUCUUAAGCUCGGAAGUGAAUCCUCCGGGAUUACAUAUUCCGGUCACAGAAAUAUUGGAAUUUCUCUUUUUGUUCUUGCUACUGUGCAGAUUUUUGCCUUGUUUUUAAGGCCCAAGAAGGAUCACAAGUACCGAUUCUACUGGAACAUUUACCACCACAGUUUGGGAUACACGAUACUUGUCCUUGGCAUCGUCAAUGUGUUCAAGGGUUUCAAUAUCUUGAAGCCUGAGCAUAAGUGGAAAUCGGCUUAUGUGAUUGUGAUUAUUGCCUUGGGCGGGAUUUCCUUGCUGUUGGAAGCGAUUACUUGGGUUAUAGUUGUGAAGAGAAAGUCUGGGAAGUCCACCAAACCCUAUGAUGGAUACAACAAUGGUCAUGGUAGACAGCAGCCUCUUGCCAUGUGAUCAACUGAUUCUUUCAGUUCCUCUGCCCAACCUGACUUUGUAACGUCCUCAUCCUCUCAUGUUUGAGACGUUAUGAGGUCUCUCUAUUACGAACCACUUACAUAUAUUUUUUCCUCUCUUGUAUAUUGGCUUGAUUCCAAAUGCUGUUAUUAUCAUUUGGUGUAUGCGUAUAGUAGUAUAUUUCUGAGUAUUUCAGCUAUCUUUUUCUGUCUUUGCGAAUAGAAUUGAGGAUGAAACUUUCUGGUUUGAAUAUGUACUGAACAUGAUUCUUUUUUCUUGU